AUGGCUCCAUUGAUCGAAGACAGUUUCCCCUCCAUCAUUCCCAGCGCCAAAUCAAGCAACCUCGACAGACCCACACUGUACAGCGACAUCAACGACGACGAGCUCACCGAAACAGCAAGAUCCUGCCUUGCAAAUUAUGGCACAAAGUUCGAAAAGGACAUUAUCGUCGGCAGCAAAGGCCUCUACGUGUACACUGCCUCUGGUCACAAAUGCCUCGACUGGACCUCUGGACAGAUGUCCUGCUUGAUAGGCCACGGCCAUCCUGAGAUCGUAUCAACAAUCGACGAACAUGCCGCAAACCUGGACCACCUGUUCUCCGGGAUGCUGUCCCCACCAGUCAUCAAUCUAGCAAAGCGCCUCACAACGCUCUUGCCAACGGGGCUAGACAAGGCAUUCUUCCUCAGCACGGGCGGCGAAUCGAACGAGGCCGCCAUCAAAAUGGCAAAGGUAUACACUGGCAAGUUUGAGAUUGUGGGUUUGGGCGCCAGUUGGCACGGCGUCACCGCCCAAGCUUUGGGAACACAAUACCACUUUGGCCGCAGGGGACAAGGACCCCUGAUGCCAGGAAUGCAUAUGCUCCCGCCACCCAAUGCUUAUCGAUCCAUCUUCCGCAACCCGGACGGCAGCUACGAUUGGGAGACGGAACUCAACUAUGGUUGGGAGCUGAUCGAUCGCGCGUCAUGCGGCUCACUAGCGGCUUGCAUAGUCGAGUGCAUCCAGUCCAGUGCAGGAAUGCACGUCCUCCCGCGGGGGUACCUCAAAGCCCUCAAGAAGCAUUGUGAGCGCCGCGGCAUGUUACUCAUCGUGGACGAAGCGCAGACCGGCGUCGGCCGAUGCGGCGACCUCUUCGCAAUCAACCACGAAGACGUCGUCCCCGACAUCUUGACGCUGAGCAAGACUUUGGGCAACGGUCUGCCCCUUAGUGCCGUGGUGAUGAGUACCCAGAUCGAACGGGUUUGUGCCGAGAGAGACUUUUGCUUCUACACGACACAUGUCAAUGAUCCCUUGCCUGCAGCCGUGGGUGACAAAGUUCUAGAAAUCGUCGUGCGGGACGAUCUGGUCCAGCACUCGCGUGAGAUGGGUCUCCACUUGCAGGCCGGGCUUCUGAGGCUGAAAUCUCGCUAUGCAUGCAUCGGCGACGUGCGUGGCCGCGGGUUGAUGGCUGGGGUGGAAAUCGUGGGUGGUCGUGAGAAGAAGAGCCCAGCGACCGAGCUAGCCAGGAACAUCGCCAGCAAGAUGUACGAUCUGGGUCUGUGGGCCAACCUGAGCAGCCACUCCAGUUUCGGUGGUGUGUUCAGGAUUGCGCCGCCGAUUGUCAUUACGAGGGAGCAACUCGAUCAAGGCCUGGAGAUCAUGGAGCAGGCUUUCCAGACCACCAAGGGAAGUAUGCCAUUGUAUUGA